AUGAGCUCGACCACCUCCUCCGCGGCUCUGCAGUUCUCGCGCAGCAGCGCGCGCCACAUGGUGCGUCAGCUGCACCACCAUGUGGAGGAGCAGCGGCGGGCAGUUAUGGAAUGCCGCAACCGCGCCGAGGCCAUGUCUGACCGUGACACCGCGCACAGCGGUCGUAUCGGCAAGGCGGAGCAGUUGUCGCCGCCGUGCUUUGUCGAGGUGGCGUCCGAGAAGGACGUGAAGCAGAGUUUCAUUCCAGAUGGGCUGCUGAGUGGCAUUGCCGUCGCCGUCUCAGACGCGCUGGAUGUGCAGGAGUUCUACACCAACUCUCGGCUUUACUCACAGAUGUUCCACGACGCCGCAUGCAAGGAGUUCCCGCUGAUCUCGUGGCUACGUCUCCAUGGUGCACAGUUCGUCGGCAAGCUGAGGUGCUGCACCCCCUUUGCGCUAAGCGAGGGCAUCGUCUUCGGCCCUGGGAAGCCGGCCUCUAUCGCCGUUGCUGAGCACGCGUGCGACUAUGCCAUCAGCUGCUCACUGAACGGGCCCCCGUCCGUGUUGUGUGCGGCGCAUCACGAUAUGGUUGGCUUCAAGCCGACCUCACAGACAUUCGGCACCUUCACGGAGCGGUUUGAACUGGCGGUGCCGUCGAUGACCGUUGGGCUGUCGGCGCGCCGCCUAGAUGACUUGAUGUACCUGUGGCAGGUCUACACCGCCUCGAUCGACCCCGAGGCGCACUUUGAGGCAACGACGGCGAAGGGGGCGCAGCCCAAAGCCUCCUCUACUGCGGGGAGCACGAGCGCCUCUUCGCCACCCUCUGCGCCGACGCACAGCGGCGCAUCGGCGUCCGCGACCACUGCCGGCGAGCUCACGGGUGAAUACGGCACGGCAAGCGUCGCCGGGGAUGCGCCGCCGUUGUCCGCCUUGAGCACUACCGCGGUGCCUCGUGGCGGUGACCCCAGUCAUCAGCAGGCUUCCGACCUACCGGCGCGUCUAGUGCAGCUCAUCAGCAGCUGGUGGAGUGGCAAGGCGGCGCCGAAGGUGAAACACCCUGAUGAUGUGCCCAAGUACUCCCACCCAGAUAUACUCGACCACAGCCCGUAUAACUACACGGUGCGCAGCCGCCGCGGCCACAUCGCCGAUAUCGACGUUGGCUGGUGCGACUACAACGCCGAGGCAGCGAUGGCAGACGACUUCAACCAGCCAUCGCAACCAGGCUUUCUUCGGCGGCUCUUCACCGGGGCGCAUACAUACGAGGCGCCGAAGGUCGAGCUCGCUGUCGGCUACCCGGCGGAGUGGAUUGACCAGCACUGCACGAGCAAGUAUACGUCGUCGGCCGAGUUCCACCAGCGUAUCACGGACGCUGUGUCCAUGCACAGCGCGCUGCACUACAGCCAAAAACUGGAGAUUGUGCCGCUGGCGUUCGACUUCUCCGUGGAGGAGGUGAUGGAGGCGAUGACGGUCAUCUCACGCUACGAGCUUGCUAAGGCGUUCGAGCGACUCAUCGCGCCGGCGACGGCGUCCGCUCAGGCUGACGAGGACGCGAAGAGCGGCAACAACGAUAAUGGCAAGGACAACGCGACCGUCUCUUCCCCAGGGAAGGUGCUGCAUCUCCCUGUGGUGCCUAGCGUGGAGCCGAUCACGUUUAGCGGCGGCGACGCUCCGGCGACGAACCGGCCUAACCUGCUUGUGGGACUCUCCGGUGCUCCGGAGGAUUUGCCAGCGUCGCUGGCCGACUCCAUUCAGGCUGGCCAGAGGUUGUCCAUCCGCGACUAUCAUCGCGCCCUGCGCGUUCGCGAUGACGUGGUGCGCUCUACCGAGGAGCAGUUCAUGGACGUGGACUGCUUUGUUACGCCGCUGCUGUGUGACCCGUACACGAGCGGCGAUGUGCGUAGCGUGCGCCUCACGUUGCCCUUCCAGCUUGCCGGCAACCCCAUUCUCUCUGUGCAGGUGGACCCGCAGACACCGGUGGCGAUGGUCGGCGAACUCGGCCGCGAUGCCGCGCUCAUGGAGGACACCUUUUGCUUUCUGCAGUUUGUACGCGGUGCGUCUCCGUCGUUGUGGUGUGAGAAGGGGGUUGGGGAGAGCCCGGCGGCAGCGCUGGGUGCUGGCAGGGGCGGCCACGCUGGUGCAGCCGAGAUCGCCACCCACUCGCGGCCAGCCGGGUAA